AUGUCUCUGUCGCAAAAACCAACUUACGAGUAUGCAUGCUCUGAAUGCCACCGUCGGAAACAAAAGUGUAACCGGGAUUGGCCUUGCGCAAGCUGUACGAAACGUAACGUUCCUAUGCUCUGCAAAUACACAUCAGAUCCACCUAGCAAGUCAGAAGAUACAACGGAGAAAGGCUAUCGUUGUGACAGCUUGAUCGCGGUACAAGGUAUAGAGAACCUUCGGGCCUGUGGAUUAGGUCCCUCAUAUCUCCAGCAGCUGGGACACAAUAUCGAACCGAUUCGAAGGCUGCAAUUGAUCUCUCUGAGUUCGCCUCACCCGUUGAGUGCCCUGAUCCCAACAAUAUCUAGAAAUGAUGCUGAUUUUCUGGUGCAGGUGUUCACUAAGAAGGUCCACAUUCACUGUGACAUCGUCCACCUAAUUUCAUUUGUCAAGCAAUACUCCGAUUGGUGGGAUGCACGCUUGGCUAGGGGUACAAUCGACCUGCACUGGACUUGUCUUUUAUUGGAGGUUUUGGCCUGUGCAGCACAGCAGGCAUUUCCCUCAGAGCAAGGGUCACCUGGAAAGCGAUUUCACAAUGCAGCUGAAUCAUUGUAUUGCGCGAUAUGUGAAGGGAAUCUGACCUCGUGCCGGACAAUGUUAAGCUCUGCUUGGUUAAUGACCAUUCAGCUAGGAAUCCAUCAAGAACCAGCUGGUUCAGGAAUCGACUUCGAAAUUGAGAUGAAAAGGAAAAUAUGGCUGUAUAUGGCAGAGUGGGAUCUGGAGAUCGCAAUUCUUCUGUCUCAACCGAGGGUUAUGGAUCGAACCUGCUGUACCGUGAGGCGCCCAGAUGUGUGGCAAAAUUUAACUCUCCAGCGAGUCGUUGCUCACAUUGAACUUUUCAGACUCGUGUUUGAGCGUCGAGAUCACAGCCGGUCGUGGCUGGAGAAUGGAAUUCGAGUGUGGGAACAAGAGCUGCCACAUGAUCUCGAAUAUUCAACUGAGAAACUUCAAUCAGAUGGACCAGAAGGAAAAUUCCACCGGAUGUAUACUCUCGUUGUUAAGGUCACUGCGCAUAUCAGUCCAUUGGUACCCAGGCCAGGAAUGACCUUUGUCAAACCAGAGGAUAGGAGUGCUGUUAUCGGCCAUUGCUUAUCGCUGGUGGAAUUCUUGCAGGACUUGAUUGAGCUGUUGCGAGUGCAGGAGAUCAGAAUGUUGUUUCUCUCUUAUUAUAUUUUUACAUCAAUCGCAAUACUGUGCCAAGCACACCGCUUGGCGCCCGACAGGCAGCUGACACAGGUGGUUUCUGAGAAAGCUCAGUGGGCGUACGACUAUUUGCUCAAGUCCGAGACUAAUUCCAACUUGGCAAUGGCACUCAUACCGGUGCUACCUGAGAAUGUCGAGUGCUCGCAGAGUUGGGCAAGCCCUAUUGAAGAUUCUGAAGCAAAACACUCCACCGAAAGCGUGGAAAUGACGGCAACAACCCCCAGCAUGAAUACCGAGAGUUUCUUUGAUACCUUACGUUCGGAAGAGCUUGAUGAACUGGCGGGUAAAUGGCAACAGGGAGUCCUCAGCCUCAACGAGGAGGCAUCAGAAAUCCGUAGUGAAGCUUACGCUCUCCACAAGCGAUGGGAAAGUCACUAUACUUUUCAGAAAGCACCAGCUCAAGAAAAGUCAUAG